AAUAGUAGAAUUUAACCUUGAUCUCGCCUAUCUUUGUCUUAUUCACAACAUUCAAUGGCAUAUCAAAAUCUAUAAGAGAAAGAAAGAAAACUUCCUAAAUAAAUACAAAAAAAUGAAUGUCACCAUAAACGCCGGAAGAGUUGCAACUGGAAUAAUUAGACAACAGUUAAAUUUGAACAUCAAAAGAUAUUUACAGUUUUCCUCUGUAAAAAUGGUUAAGAUAGGUGAUUCAAUUCCUAAUAUAGAUCUGUUUGAAGAUUCUCCAACCAAUAAAGUGAAUAUAGCUCAAUUAUCAUCUGGUAAAAAGGUUAUUAUUUUCGCAGUACCUGGUGCAUUUACUCCCGGAUGUUCGAAGACCCAUUUGCCUGGUUACAUCAAUAAAUCUGAAGAAUUGAAAAGUCAAGGAGUCGAUGAAAUAAUUUGCGUGUCAGUAAAUGAUCCUUUCGUGAUGUCCGCUUGGGGAAAAGAACAUAAAACUUCAGGCAAAAUUAGAAUGCUCGCCGAUCCAUCGGCGGCUUUGGCUAAAGCACUAGAUCUUUCCGUCGAUAUCGCUCCACUCGGUGGUAUCAGAAGCAAAAGAUAUUCCAUGGUUAUCGAAGAUGGUAAAAUUACAUCAUUGCAAGUUGAACCCGAUGGUACCGGAUUAUCUUGUUCUCUAGUAGAAGCCAUUAAAUUGUAAAAUUUCAUGUUCAUCACGAUAUUGCAUCUUUAAUAAUAUAUUAAGUUGAAACGAAA